AUGAAUAGCGAAGAUUGGACCAAACUGUUCUUUUCCGGGAACCCUCCCGAUUGGAUUAGUGUUUCUCCUGAAGAUCAGAAAAGCUUCAGGACUUUUCACCAUAAGAGAAAGUGGGUGCUGUGGAAAUCAGUUGAUAAGGGUCGAUACCCUGCACCAGAUCGAAUUCAAGUUUUAUGGCUCCUCGUGAAAUACCACCAGGGCUAUCGACGCAUGUAUGUUGCGAAAGUGUUCCCGGAAUAUACUGAAGCACAAGCUCGAGCUCAGCUCCGUCGAAUUCCUUUCUCACGUGAUCCAAAGCAGGUCCGGGAUGAACUCGAUCCCUUUCUCAACGAAGCUCGAGUAUUCCGUCGCAUUGAAGAGCGUUGUGAUAGCUCACGAAAAAUCUAUUUUCCCCAGUUUCAUGGUGUAGUCACUGAUAUUGACCCUUCGACAUUUAAGUCUGGGUAUUCCAACCGGCGUGCCAUUAUUCUCGAGGCCAUCAAGCCAGAUCUUUCGUCUCGGCGGAUCCUGGCUGCACAUAAUCGCGAUUCCGACGAGCGUGUUGCACGAUUCCAUCAGCGGGUCCGAGAUAUCAAACCAAGCCUCAGUGCUUUUGAAUCUGAUUACUACAGUUCUCUCUUCACGGACCGGGUUCAUCGGCUAGAUGCACUACACGAUCUUGCGAUCACCCAUGGCGAUAUACGAGAUGAUCAUUUCAGGCUCCCCGGGGACUUCUACGAUAUGGUCCUUUAUGACUUCUCUAUCUCGUACACGUUCUCUCCUAUACCACCUUAUUUGGUGAACUUGCGGCGACCUCGACCACUGAAAGAUAUAUCAGAGACAGAACAACUGUUCCUUGCGGAACAAGUAUAUGAACGAGCUCAAAAGCGGGAUUUGCGUGAUCAUCUGAUUCAGUCAACCAGGGUCGCCGCAGAAGUCAUCGAAGAUGCACUCUUUCAGCCCCUCCAGGAUGAAGAGCUGGAGUUGGUCAUUUUCAAAGUUAUGACACGACCGGAUGCUUUCUCUAUGCCCUCUCUCAGUUCGGUCUUUCCCUUUCUCGCAACCAUUUGCCCACAGAAUGAUCCUACUUGGCAUAUCCGUAAGGGCCGGCAGCUGGACCACUAUGCUCCGGCUUGGGUCUUUCUGGGAAGGUCGGGAAACUUAUCAAAUUCGGUUACGUUGAUGACCAUUGGCCACCAUCAGGCCCCCAAUGUUGGACUCUUGGAAAACGAAAGCGGGUACUAUCUGCUUUGCCUGAUUCCGAAGGAGUGGGAGAUAGAUGGAAUACAUAAUAAACUGCGGCAAGUCUGCUCGUCCCUGGAAUUCUCCAAGGUCUGGGGUUAUAUUAUCAGACGGAUAGAGUUCGAUGAUCAUACUUGA